AUGCGCCUUACAGUAUGGCUCGCAACAAUUAUCCUCGGCCGCGACGUGGGCCUCGCCAUCUCCGCCAUCUACUACCGCUGGAUCUCCCUCCCACCUCCAAAGACCUUUGCGCGGUACUGGGACUUUUCCCUGCCCUCGGCCGAAGUACACCCUACGACCAUCAGCAAGUACAACACAUUCCUUCAGCUUGUCCUCAUCGGCCUGACGACGGCUGCGCCGGUGUUCAGCUAUGACCUGUCGACGCCCUUGACAGUCAUGCAAUAUGUCGUCGCCACCACCACGAUUUGGAGCGGCGCCAGCUACAUCUACACCAAGGAUGCGGUCAAGAUUAUUGCACCUCCCAAGACUCCACCUCCAAAGGUAUAA